AUGCCUAGUUUAAGUGUAACAAACUUUAAUAUAAACUUAGCUCCUUCAAAUUGUGUUCUUUCUGUUACUCCUUCAAGUGGUCAGGCUUUAACUACCUAAUUCACUAUUCAAUUUAAUGGUUGCGUAGCCCUUAAUAAUCCUAUAACUUACUAAUUAUUCUAUUAUAACCAGACCUCUGAUGCUUUAAAAGAAAUUUAAAUCCCUUAAAAUAUCCUAAGAAGAUAAUUACAGGAUUAGAGUUUACAGUCCAAAAUUAUUACCAAUCUCCCUUCAGGAAAUAUAGUAAUUAUGGGUCAAGCUAUGGAUUCUUACUUAGCUGUCUUUAAUACUACUAUUUAAGUGAAUGUUUCUCCAUUCUAGGGAGAUGAGUAGACAUUAUUGAGUUUAAUAGGUUCGGCACUUUCAUAGUAAAAUAUAAAAGUAAAUUAAAUGCUCAUUAAUUUAUGCAUUAUUGGUGAAGAAAUAACUAAGAACACUGCUCUUUACAAUCUAGAUUCUAUUAACUUCAGAAAUUGUAGCAGCUCUUCAAGCUUCCAUAAAUAAUAAUUAUCAAACUUAAAGUUAUAAAGUCCUUGA